AACCUGUAUCAGAGUUCUAGCGUUACAGACCAAUUGAAAUGAUUUUUCCCAGAGGAUCCUUUUACUGUGUCUGCUUUAAAUAAAAACCUGGAUGAAAAAAAGAUGUUCUGAAAAAGUGUGUGUGCGUGCUCAGUCCUGUCCUGCUACGGGAUUUCUCUCACACACACUUCACCCAAAAAUGGGAGUGAUCUUUAAAAAAAAAGGGCUGUUCCCUCUCUUCAUUGACUGAACACAGAAUGGUUCCACACUUUGGCUCAGGACUUUCAAAAUCAGGCCGGUCCUUCACUGCUGUCGCUCCAACUCCACAAACUCUCCAUGACUUUGAACCUAAAGGGCUCGGACUUAUAACAACACUGGAAGAAGAAUUUUUGGUUUUUCAAUUUUGGGUCUAAAUCACUGCCAGAAGAUCAGGUUGUAAAUCUGAGUCAGCAGAACUGAGAGUCAUGGGCCCCUCACGACUGGGGCUCCUGCUGAUGCUCCUCCUCUGGGGGCCACACUGUUUUCAGGCUCAGGAUUAUGAAGAAGAUUAUGAGGAGGAGGUGGUGAUACCAAAGAAGAAGAAUAAACUGCAUUCAACCAAUUCUAUUCCACAAAUUAGCAAAUCCCUGAUCGACGAGGACUGUGGUCUGGAGAUCUCCUUCCUGAUCGACAGCUCUGAAAGUGCCAAGGAAAACCACGCUCAGGAGAAAAACUUUGUCACAGAUGUGAUGGAGCAUCUUCAGGGCCUGCGGCUGCAGACAGGUCGUGGCCUCAGUUCCCGUGCUGCGCUCCUGCAGUACAGCAGCCACGUCAUCGUGGAGCAGACCUUCAAACAGUGGAGAGGCAUAGACAACUUCAAGGCCCACGUCGCUCCCAUCGUCUACAUCGGCCACGGCACCUACACAACCUACGCCAUCACCAACCUCACUCGCAUCUACCUGGAGGAAUCAAACACCAACAGCAUCAAGGUGGCCGUGCUGCUCUUCGAUGGUAUCUCCCAUCCCAGAAACCCAGACAUCUUCUCAGCUGUGGCCGAUGCCAAGAACCAGGGAAUUCGUUUCUUCACCAUUGGCAUAACCCCUGAGGCCAACGAGGCAACCAACAUGGCACAGCUGAGACUGAUCGCUAGCUCACCUGCUACCCGCUAUCUUCACAACCUGCAGGACAAAGGCAUCGUACCAAAAAUCAUGAAGGAGAUUACGGCCCUGGCUGAUGAAGGAUGUCCUCUGGCCCAAAGCAAGUGUGCAUGUGAGAAGGGGGAGAGGGGACUAAGUGGACCUCCUGGUAAAAAAGGCCGUCCUGGAGAGGAUGGAAUUCCUGGUGCGAAAGGUCAUAAGGGUGAGAGUGGAUUGAGUGGAUUUCCAGGUCGAGAAGGAGCAGAGGGAAAACCAGGAUACAAAGGAGAGAAGGGAGAACGAGGAGAGUGUGGAACGCCUGGAGUUAAAGGAGAGAAGGGUCCUGAGGGUCCCGUAGGAAACAGAGGAAUCCGUGGACUGCAGGGUUUGCCUGGACCCCCAGGUGAUGUCGGACCUGAAGGAGUGAUCGGUAAAAAGGGAGAAAGGGGACUUCCAGGGCCACCUGGAAUCCAAGGAGAAACAGGAAUCGGCCUUCCAGGACCAAAGGGUGAUGUUGGGUUCCAGGGACAUCAGGGGCCUCCUGGUCCUCCUGGACAUGGUGAACCUGGACCACUGGGACCUCAAGGACCACAGGGAGUCCAAGGAGAGAGGGGACCAACAGGAGAAGGUCUGCCUGGACCAAAGGGAGAGCGAGGUUUGGACGGACCACGUGGUCCCAGAGGACAAACAGGGAUCGGACUCAAAGGGGACAAGGGGGAUUUCGGACCUCCAGGUUUUCCAGGUCCACACGGACCUCCAGGAGCAGGCAUCCAGGGGGAGAAGGGCAUGGAAGGACCAAGGGGUCCACCAGGGGGCAGAGGUCUACCAGGAGAGGGCGCCCCUGGACUAAAAGGAGACCAAGGUUUGCCAGGGGAGGUGGGGGCCCCAGGUGAGCGAGGGGCUGGAGACCCCGGAGCUAAGGGUGAACCAGGAUCACAAGGAACAGCAGGAUUACCAGGACUGCCAGGAGAGGACGGGGCCCCUGGACAAAAGGGUGAACCUGGAGCUACAGGUCUGAGAGGUCUGGAGGGAGCACCUGGAACUGGAAUUCAAGGUGAAAAGGGAGACCAAGGACAGAGAGGAAUCAGAGGCUUGACUGGUCCACCUGGAAUUCCAGGACCCUCAGGUCCAAAAGGAGAACCAGGAGCUCAGGGCAGGUCUGGUCCUCCUGGUCCACCAGGACGAUUCAUUGCUGGACCAAAGGGUGAUCUUGGUCCAAACGGUCCUCCCGGUCCUAUUGGAGAAACAGGCUACGGACUUCCUGGACCAAAGGGAGACAGAGGAGAUCCAGGACCAGCAGGUCCUUUUGGUCCCAAAGGAGAUGGAUAUCCUGGACCCACAGGACCUCCUGGCCCACCUGGACUUACAGGAGAAUCUGGUCCAGAAGGAGUUGGCCUUCCUGGACCAAAGGGCGAUAUUGGAUUUCGAGGGUUACCAGGUUUACCAGGACCUCCAGGAGAAGGUCUACAGGGACCUUUGGGUAACCCUGGAAGACCUGGCUCCCCAGGACCAGCAGGACCACAAGGACAGGGAGUACAAGGACCAAAGGGUGAACAGGGUUCCCAGGGUGUGACAGGACCAAGAGGUCUACCUGGAGAAGGUUUUCCUGGAGCCAAGGGCGACCGUGGUGCAGCAGGAGAGAGAGGACUGAAGGGAAUCAAAGGAGACUUGGGAGAUCCUGGAACUCCAGGCCAACCUGGCCGAAUUGGAGUAAAAGGUGAAGCAGGUCUGACUAGAGAGGACAUCAUACGGCUGAUCAAAGAGAUCUGUGGAUGUGGGAUCAAGUGUAAGGAGAGGCCCAUGGAGCUGGUGUUCGUCAUCGACAGCUCAGAGAGUGUUGGCCCGGAGAACUUUGAGAUCAUCAAGGACUUUGUGAACGCCCUGGUGGACCGGGUCACGGUGGGACGCAAUGCCACCAGGAUCGGCCUGGUGCUGUACAGCCUGGAGGUAAAGCUGGUCUUCAACUUGGCCCGCUAUUCUACAAAGCAGGACAUCAAACAGGCCAUCAGGAACAUCCCAUACAUGGGAGAAGGAACCUACACUGGAACAGCCAUUCGUAAAGCCACACAGGAGGCGUUCUACAGUUCACGAACUGGAGUGAGUAAAGUGGCCAUCGUGAUUACAGACGGACAGACGGACAAACGAGAGCCUGUCAAACUGGACAUUGCUGUACGGGAAGCACAUGCAGCCAACAUUGAGAUGUUUGCUCUUGGAAUAGUUAAUACCACAGACCCAACGCAGGCCGAGUUCCUGAGAGAACUGAACUUGAUUGCUUCUGACCCAGAUACAGAGCACAUGUUCCUGAUCGAUGACUUCAACACUCUGCCAGCUCUGGAAUCCAAACUCGUCAGCCAGUUCUGUGAAGACGAGAACGGAGCACUGAUCUACAACAGAAUCGCCAACGGCUACAAUGGCUACGGAAACAACGGCUUCAGGAACGGCAUCAACGGAAACUACGCCAUCGGUGGAUAUGGAUAUCGACCUGUGACAGAACAGGAAACUCUGAAUGGUCGACAGAAGGGUGGCGCCCCCACUGGAGGAGGCAGCAGCAGCAGCAGUAGCAGCACUUACAAUGUUGGAGUCCAAGUGGAGAAAACACAGCACGGCAGUAAAGGAUCCAGUACAGUACAGGUUGGAGGAGGAGGAAGAGGAGGAGGAGGAGGAGGACAGCAAGUUGUCACUGAAACAGUCUGGAAGACUGAGCGUGGAGACACAUUUAACCGUGAAACAGACCUCAGACCCGUUCCUUCUAGAGAGGAGACCUCCAGCAGCGGAGGUUCCUCCUCGUCAUCGUCAUCGUCUUCCUCAUCCUCUUCAUCUUCAACUUCUUCUUCUACAAAUGUGACAAUCUCAUCUUCAGGUGUAUCGGUGACAUACGUCCCUCCUCCAAAGCCAGCUCUGCCAAAAGAAACUGCUCCAUUAGACCCUCGCUGUGGUCUGGUCCUGGACCAGGGAACAUGUCGUGACUAUAACAUCCGCUGGUACUAUGACAAGCAAGCCAACGCAUGUGCUCAGUUCUGGUACGGAGGCUGCAAUGGGAACAAGAACCGAUUCGAUACAGAGGAAGAGUGCAAGAGAAUGUGUGUGAUUCCCAGAACCACAGGAGGCUGAGAGAAAGCAUCUGCCACCCACUGCUGUUACUGUAGAUACACCAAAGAGGGGCAGGGCAGCUAACACAGGGCAAAUACACAGGGUUAUAUUGAGGUUUCCAUCACUCCUGUUCAACAUCUCUGCUACAUGUUCACUGAUUCUCUCCGAGGACCAGAGACAUGGUCUCACUUGUGUUUUAUAGAUGCCUCUGUUGCGUGUGUGUGUGUUUUAUAACGUCAUGUCACCUACAGGAGAAAGGAUCAAUCACAUCUUCUCAGGAAAACUCUUUCCUUUUAAUUAUAUUAAUGUACCUUGACCCAAACAGCUCCUGUGUGUAAAUAAAAAACAAGCUGUAGAUUCAAAUUUUACUGAGGUUUUAAAGCUACAACAGGCAUCAAUUAUAAACUGCUUCACGGCUGUGGGUUUACCCACAAGACCUUAAAUGGCCACAGGAGGCAGUAUUGUGUCCAUUUUCUCUACAGACCUUUGGGGUGAGACUGUGUUUAGCAGACAUUUUCAUCAGGUAUCACAGGCAGGGGUCAAUAAUUUAGAACACAAAACUAUCCGUAAUUAUUAUUGCUGUUAUGAUUAUUAUGCAAAAUAAUAAUUAUAUAAUAAUGGAGAGUCGUUGUUGUUGGUUUGAAUGUGUUUUAAAUGUAUUGGAAUAAAAGAUAAAAUGAUGACUUCCUCUGUUUGAAACAGACACACCUGUAAACAACGCCGCUCUCUGCUGAGUCACACACCGUGUGAACUGAAUGAGCCUCGUCCGUGUUGAUCAGGAAUCAUGUUCCCCAGCUUUACUGACCAUAACUGUUUUCUUUUUGUAAUUUGAUGUCAAACAUUUUUUUAAUAAACCAGAU